AUGGCGACGAGCAUGGACACUUCCCGGAGCUCUCCGGAAAAAGGGGGUGAACAUACGCGAACCUCUACAUCUUUCGAUGCUGUUGACAGGCGUUCACAUAUAAUCGAAGUCACGCCGGUCGCCGAAACCCGAUGGCAAUACCUUCAUCGAUACUUCACAACCUGGGAAGGAUGGGUUGGGAAUUAUGACUACCUCUACCUUAUCACCCCGAACAUUUGGCCACUCAAUAGGCGGUACAAGGACUAUGAAGCACCAUUCUACGGUCUCAAUGAUGAAGUUCCGAUUUUUCUCACAAUUAUUCUGGGCCUGCAGCAUGCCUUAACAAUGAUCGGAUCCAUCGUAUCACCACCUUUAGCGAUCGCAAGCGGAAGCUUUUAUCUAAACACGACGCAAAGCCAGUACCUGGUCUCCGCAGCAUUCAUCACCACAGGCAUUGCAACAGCGCUCCAAGUCACGCGAGUCCAUUUAAAGAAAACACCAUUUUAUAUCGGAACUGGACUGCUAUCAGUUGUGGGACCCACAUUUGAUAUCAUUGCUAUUGCAUCUAGCUAUGCUGAGAUGCGGUAUAAAAAUGGAACAUGUCUAACCUCAUCGGAUGGGUCUCAAUUGCCAUGUCCUGAUGCCUGGGGUGCGAUGCUUGGAACGAUGUUAUGCACUGUCUGGAUCCAGGUUCUACUAUCCUUUGUACCGCCAAAGACCCUGAAUCGAAUUUUCCCCAAAGUCGUCACUGGUACACUUCUCCUGCUAGUUGGUGUUUACCUGAUCUCCAGCGGGAUGGAGAACUGGGGCGGGAGCUCAAAUUGUGAUGGUGGAAGUGGUUACUAUAGCCUUUGUCCAAAUACCGCAGCACCCAAACCUCUCCCUUGGGGUGAUGCAAAGCUCAUUGGUCUCGGCUUUAGUGUGUUUAUCACAAUCAUCAUCGUCGAACUAUUUGGAUCUCCGCUCAUGCGCUCUGCAUCUGUCGUUUUCGGUCUUGCAGCUGGAUGUGCCAUCUCUGGUGCGACGGGAUACUGGUCAAGAGAUAAUAUCGAUGAGGCACCCGUGGUUACCUUCCUUUGGGUCCAUUCGUUUAAGCUGUCUGUUGAUGGCUCAUUGGUUCCUCCGCUGCUGAUCAUGUAUAUCUGCGAAGCCGUGAGCUGCAUGCCGGAUAUUCUGGCGACCGCUGAAAUCUCUGGAGUGGAUAUCGAUGGAGUCGAGUUCAACAGUAGAAUUCAAGGAGGUAUCUUAUGUGACGGACUUGGGAGUUUAAUUAGUGCCUUGGGUACUGGACUGCCCAUGGUCAGCCAGGCAGGUAACAACGGUGUCAUUUCCCUCACCGGCUGUGCGUCUCGUCGAGCCGGAUGGUGUGCAGCCGCGUUUCUCGUCCUCAUGGGUAUAUUCGGCAAAUUCGGUGCAGUCUUUGGCUCGAUGCCCGCGUCGGUACUGGGCGGAAUGCAAGUAUUCCUUUACAGCACCAUUACCGUGGCUGGUGUGAAGGUGUUGAGCCUGGUGGAAUUUACCAGACGAAACCGAUUCAUCCUCACUGCUGCAUUGGGCAUUGGCUUUAUGGAUAUUGUUUCUCCGAGUUGGUUUGACAAAAUCCUCGAUUAUAGCGGAUCAAAUGUGAGCUUGGAAGGGUUUGAAGAAGGAAUCAACCUUAUAGUGGAGACACCCUUCAUCAUCGCGGCUAUUGUUGCUGUGAUAUUGAACCUGGUUCUACCCUAUGAUAUCAAAGACGUGAAGCGUGUCGCUGAGGAUGAGCGCCCACCUCUGCCUACUUGA